CGGGGGCGCGUGUCUAUGACGUCAUCGGGAGGACCCGGAAGCGAGGCGAGCGCCGAGAGAGAGGGGAGGGGGCGGGGGCAAAAGCUGCGGCGCGCGCGUCACGUGACGGCGAGGGGGCGUGCGGAUUGGGCGGGGCCGGCAGGUGUGGGCGGGGCCACGGCGCGCGCGGCGCUUCCGGGAAAGAAAGCUCCUGCCAUGGAUUUGGUGACCGUCCUGGUGGCCCUGGUGGCCUUGGUGGCCCUGGUCCUGCUGGUGGUGGCCCAGCGCCUCGGGCUGCUCUACCGCCUGCGCCACAAGGUGGACGUGACGAGUCCCCGUCACGGUGGCGAGCUGGUGGCCGCGGUGCUGCGGGCGCACGGCGUGCGCUUCCUCUUCGCGCUGCCCGGGGGACACAUCUCGCCCGUGCUGGUGGCCUGCGAGAAGAUCGGCAUCCGCGUGGUGGACACGCGCCACGAGGCCACCGCCGUCUUCGCCGCCGACGCCGUCUCGCGCGUCUCGGGCCGCAUCGGCGUGGCGGCGGUGACGGCGGGCCCCGGUGUCACCAACGCGGUGACGGCCGUCAAGAACGCGCAGCUGGCCGAGUCCCCGCUGCUGCUGCUGGGCGGGGCCGCCGCCUCCCUGCAGAAGGGCCGCGGGGCUCUCCAGGACAUCCCGCAGGUGCCGCUGUUCCGCACGCUCUGCAAGGCCGCGCUCUCCGUCCGCGCCGUGCGCGACAUCGUCCCCACCCUGCGCCGCGCCAUCGCCACCGCCAUGGAGGGGACCCCCGGCCCCGUGUUCGUGGAGCUGCCCAUCGAUGUCCUCUACCCCUUCCACGUGGUCCAGAAGGAGCUCGUGGGCUCCAAAACCCCCCGGGGGCUGCGGGGGAAACUCGUCCAGUGGUACCUGGGCAAUUACCUGAGCGAUCUGUUCGCGGGCGCCUGGGAGCCGCGGGAGCUGAACCCGCUGGGGCUGAGCGUGCCCAGGGCCAGCCCCGGGGAGGUCCAGCGGUGCUCGGAGCUCUUGAGCCGGGCUCAGCGGCCGCUGGUGCUCGUGGGCAGCCAGGCCCUGCUGCCCCCAACGCCGGCCGAGGAGCUGCGCUCGGCGCUGCAGUCCCUGGGGGUCCCCUGCUACCUGGGGGGCGCGGCGCGGGGGCUGCUGCCCCCCGAGUGUCCCCUGCUGCUGCGCCACAACCGCCGCCAGGCGCUGCGCGACGCCGACCUGGUGCUGCUGGCAGGGACCGUCUGCGAUUUCCGUCUGUCCUACGGGCGCCUCUUCGGCCGCGGCACCGCCGUGGUGGCCGUCAACCGCAACCGGGAGCAGCUGCUGCGCAACGCCGACGUCUUCUGGAAACCGCGGCUGGCCGUGCAGGGUGACCCCGCGUCCCUGGUGGUGGCGCUGGCCCGGAGCCUCCCGGGCUUCUCGUGCCCCCGGGAGUGGCUGCAGCGCCUGCGGGAGGCCGAGAGCGAGCGGGAGCGGCAGAACCGGGCCAAGGCCGCGGUGUCCCCCCCGUGUCACCUGAACCCGCUGGCCCUGCUGCAGGCCCUGGACCGGCUGCUGCCCCCCCAGAGCCUCCUGGUGGCCGACGGCGGCGACUUCGUGGGGACAGCGGCGUACAGCGUGUGGCCCCGGCAGCCACGGGGCUGGCUGGACCCCGGUCCCUUUGGCACUCUGGGCGUGGGCGGAGGAUUCGCACUCGGGGCCAAACUCUGCCGGCCCGAGGCUGAGGUGUGGGUCCUGUUCGGGGACGGCUCCCUGGGCUUCAGCCUGAUGGAGUUCGACACCUUCGUGCGCCACAAGGUCCCUGUCAUCGCCCUGGUUGGGAACGACGCCGGCUGGACCCAGAUCAGCCGCGAGCAGCUCCCCCUGCUGGGCAGCGCCGUGGGCUGCGGGCUGGCCUACAGCGAUUACCACGCGGUGGCGGCGGCUCUGGGCGGCCGAGGCUUCGUCCUGGACAGCACCGGGGACAGCGGAGGGGACAGCGGAGGGGACAGCGCGGGGGACAGCGCGGGGGACAUCGAGGACAGGCUGGUGGCCGUGCUGAGGGCGGCGCAGGCCGAGUGUCACCGCGGCCACCCCGUCCUCGUCAACGCCCUGCUGGGCCCCAGCGACUUCCGGCAGGGCUCCGUGUCCGUCUGAGGGACACCCCUGUCACCGAGUGUCACCAAGUGUCACCAAAUGUCACCGAGUGUCACCAAAUGUCACCGAGUGUCACCAAA